AUACAACAGAAAGGAGAUAGGCACAGCUGGGGAGGUACUUAUAGAGAGAGACUGAGAAGUAAGGGGCUUAGGCAGGCACAAGGCCAACUUUAUACAAAGAAUUACUUUCUUCAAAAGAGGACCUAGAGUUUGUUUUUUUGUUUGUUUGUUUGUUUUACCUAGAGAAUGAGAGCUAAACACCCAUUAUUAUUCCACCAAAGAGAGUCACCUUGAAAUGAGAGUAGAGAGGGCAUCUCCUUGGUACCCAGAGAUUGAACACAAUCCCAUUUCCUCCCACAGGACACCAAGAUGCCACCCAAAAUCAAGAGAACGGGAUCAAAAACUGGGGGACAGAAAAAGAAAAAGAAGAGUCAAGAUGCUGAAACUGAGAUCAAGCACAGGAGAACAGCCCUGGAACUGGAGAUCCUCCGUGACCAUCUGGCUCUUCGUCGGGAUGAGACUCGACAGGCCAUAGUUUGCAAAGAACGACUACAACAGAGGCUGCAGGAAUUGGAGGCUGAGGUGGAGAGGGCUCAGAAUGAUGGAAAGGCUGUGUAUGCAGAGAUGAGUCGUCAGUACCAAGCCCUGAGGAAGGAGACUGAGACCCAGAGCCAUCGGUGGGAAGAAGAAGUAAAGGUUCUUCGGAAACAGUUAGAGACAUGCCAAAGAGAGGCCAAAGUUGCUCAAGGAGAGGCUAAGCAGGCAUUAGCAAAGCGAGACAAGACCCUUGUCCAGCUUCAGACCUAUGUGACAGACAUGGAGGCUAAGUAUGAAGAAAUUCUACAUUGCAGCCUAGACAGGCUCUUGGCCAAGCUGACAAUAGCCAAGGUGGAGUGGGAUGCAGCUACUCUGAGGCUCCAUGACAAACACAAGGAACUGCUUCGACAAUUUGGCCUCAACCCCCUGGAUCUCUGAAGACAGACUAUAGGGUCUUCUAGACUCCCAACAAUAAAAGUUUUGUGCUGUAGCACUAAGCAACAGGGAGUAUUUCUCCUUCUGAAACAAGAAUCCAGAGCCCUUGGAUUCCUCCUUUAUAUGCAGUGGGCAUGGGAGGAAGAUUGGGGCAUAGCAAAGACAUGAGUUCCACUAGCCAGGAGAAAGCAUAUUGGGUUGGAGACAGAAAUAUCUAAUGCUUUGCUGAAUUGAGGGGAAAGAAAUGUUGCCAAACUCAAUCCAUCUGCAGAGAUAAUAUCCCAAACUAUAUCAUCAUGGCUCAUGGAAUCUUUAUCUUCAUCCCCAAGGAAUCCUCAUCUUCAAGUGGUGUGGUGGAUAGAGCUUUAGGCCUGGAGUCAAGAAGAUCUGAAUUUAAAUCCAGCCUCAGACACUUACUAGCUGUGUAACCUGGGCAAGUCACUUAGCCCACUUAACCUCUAUUUGCCUCAGUUUCCUCAACUAUAAUAUGGGGAUAAUAUCAGCACCUAUGUCUAAGGGUUGUUAUGUGAGUCAAAUGAUACAAUAUUAUUAAAGUGUUUAGUGCACAGUAGGGAGGACUUUUUCCUUUUUUCUUCCUUUCCCUUAUCCCUUUUCCACUUUAAUACAAACAUAGAUGGCAGACUUGUGGGAAAGAGUUAUUUCAGUAGGAUCUAAGUCUAUAGUGAUCUGUUGCCCCCAAAUCCCAGUGUGUCCCUUGCUCUCCCCAUGGGCAGUGAGGGAAGAAAGGAAAGAAACAAGCAUUUAUUUAGCAUUUUACAAAUAUUAUUUCAUUGGAUUUUCACAACGACCCUGAAAUACAGGUAUUGUUACUCCCAUUUUACUGAGGAAACUGAGGCAAACAGG